AUGAAUGGCGUUUCGUGGCAGGGUCUGGCUGAGCGCUUUCAGAGAAAACGGGCAGCCGCUAUCCCGACAAGAUGGACAAUUCCACCUCUGAAGCUCGACGAGGCAAUCCGCUCGACUGCCCGUCCAAUCGACUUGCUGCCGCGCCUCCUGUCGUAUAAUGAGAUGCAAAUCACAGCCCUCGGCGCUGCAGAGCUAGCUGCCAAGAUCCGGAAUCAAGAGCUGUCAUGUAUCCAGGUAACAGAGGCAUUUUGUCACCAGGCCGCCGUUGCGCAGCAAUUGACGAAUUGCCUGACCGAGAUAUUUUUCGCAGAGGCAAUGGAGCAGGCCAGGCAGCUGGACGAUAUGCUCAAGACGACGGGGAGGCCAAUUGGGCCUUUACACGGAGUGCCGGUCUCGAUCAAGGACCACAUAAACAUCAAGGGCCAGCACACUACAGCUGGCUAUAUUUCCUUUGCGCGGAAUCCUGUGAGGGACCAGGAUGCCCAGCUGGUGGACGUUUUGCGCAACGCUGGUGCCAUCAUGUACUGCAAGACGAACAACCCCCAGUGCAUGAUGACGUUGGAAACGGUAAACAACAUUUACGGCCGGACCGUCAACCCGUGGAAUAAUAAGAUUGGCCCUGGAGGCUCCAGCGGUGGCGAGGGAGCGCUUCUUGCCAUGCAUGGCUCCCCCCUGGGAAUCGGUACAGACCUCGGCGGUUCGAUUCGAAUUCCGGCUGCAUACUGCGGUUUGUAUGGUUUCAAGCCCUCGGCGAAGCGAGUUUCCUUGCGUGGAUCAGAAUGUACCAUGCUGGGGCAGGAGUCCGUCGUGGCCGCUGCAGGUCCCCUGGCACACAAUGUCGAUGAUUUGGAACUCUUCUUCCAAGUCAAUUCUGAUGCGAAACCGUGGCUCAGGGAGCCGUUGCUUCGCAUGCCGUGGGUAUCCCAAAGCAACCAAAUGCGCCAUCAGAAGCUACGAAUCGGUGUCAUGCUUUGGGACGAGGUGGUGAUGCCCCAUCCAUAUAUUACACGGAACGUUGAAAAACAAAACAGAACUAAUGCUGCGGUAGUCACCGAGUUCAGGGCGUACGAUCACAAACGGGCAUGGGACGGCAUCUUACUACCACUGUACUUUACUGACGGCGGUCGGGACAUAAAGCAAACGCUCUUUGCUGGAAACGAGCCCAUCUUCCCUUCUGCAAAGAGAUUGCUGGACGAUCCAAUUGUCAAGGAGAGAACACACCACGAGAUAUGGAAACUUCACCUCGCACGAGAUGACUACCGCACCGAAUAUCUCCAAAAAUGGGCCGAAACGGCAAACUCCACAUCCUCCGGUGAGCCCAUAGAUGUGCUUGUCUGCCCUGUGUCGUCCGUCCAAGGCACGCCGCAUGAUGUCAAGCCGUGGUGGGGGUACUGCGCACAAUGGAAUCUGCUGGAUUAUCCCAGUGGCGUGAUUCCCGCUGGAAGAGUGCUCAAAACGGAUGCUUAUCCGGCAGACUAUGAACCCGUGAAUCAGCUGGAUAAGGAGAAUAUGAAUCUCUAUGACAACGACUUGUACUAUGAUUUACCUGUGGCGAUUCAGGUAGUCGCCCCGACUCAUGAGGAUGAAAGACUCAUGGGAGCCAUGAAGGUUAUUGACAAGGUAGUGAACGGUUAA